AUGUCUGAUGGAUACUCAUCGCACAGCAGGUCCUCUUCGGACUUGUCACCAACUGCCUCUUUGGGAAGUUCAAUGAUGUCAAUGAAUACAGAGGACCACAAUGAACUGUAUGACCAUAGACAGCACCAGGACUCUUUAUCUGUGCCCAACAAUGGUGCAAACGCUGCUAUCAACAAUAAUAGUACGGAAAAUGUCCAAAAUGUGCCAGGUGCGAGUGUGGCUGCUCCGUUAGCUUCAGAUGCUCCUGCGACAUCUCCCUUGUCAUUGCUUGGUGUUUCCCGCGGACGUGGUGUCAGAACGACACAGAGUAAUAGCAGUAGUACGGUUCCUAUGGCCAGCAGUGGAGCAAGAGCAUCGAGACUAGCUCAAACAGUGUCCAACCAUAGGACAUCGUUCGAUAAAACUGAGUUUGGAUCGAAGCCUAAAUUCAAAAAUACUAAAAAAUCAAAGGCCUUACAUUCGAGACGCGGUUCAAGAAGUUACUCGAUCUCAGAGAAUAUCACGAAGUUGAAAGAAGACCUGACUUCUUCCGCAAAUGCUAGUAGACCUCCAAAUCAGAGUGCUGACUCUGCUAACGCUCCAAAUCAGCAAAGGUCUAGGGCUAAUUCAACUGCAUCUCAAAAUACUAAUAGCAACAAGUUGAAUUUAACUCGUAGCAUUUCACAUCUCAACACAGGUAACAACACUGGAAAGCAGCAACAACGCAGGGCUUCAUUCGAUUCUGAUGAUUCGCAAGCUUCGCGAGAUUCGAUGGAGACAGAGGAAGAUGUUUGUUUCCCAAUCGAACCACAAUAUCAUAUACGAGUUAAUGGUAUUCAUUUUGGUGAACUGGAGGAUUUUGCAGAAACGACUAAUGAGCAAAGAAGUCACUAUAUUGAACCAGCAAAUAUGCAAGGAGCCUACGAAAGUUCACCUGCUUUCAGAAACGGCGGAACUUCAAGUUCCACUUCAACAACUAUAUCAUCUGCAGCGUUAAAAUACACGCCUCCAAAACAGACAAUUGAAAAAAUAGGAUCUCAUACGAGUAAGAAUUAUUUCAAUCCGCAACCUGGUAUAUCUUUUGGAAGCAAUAAAAUUGAACAGGAGGACCAACACGACACGUAUGAGAAAGAGCAUUAUCAAAACAAUGGACAAUAUGAGCAACAGCAAUCACUGUAUACUCCGAUGGAACCACCAUUUUACGUUCCAAAUAGAUUUUCAUUUUUUUCUUCAGAAUCUGAAGAAACUGUACAUGCUACUGAUAUCCCAUCUUUACUUAAACCAGGACAACAUUUUUCAGAGUUAUUCAGAGAUGGGGAGCCAACUUGGUGGCUAGAUUGUUCUUGUCCUACUGACGAUGAGAUGAAAUGUAUCACUAAAGCAUUUGGUAUUCAUCCUUUGACCGCAGAAGAUAUUAGAAUGCAAGAAACUCGUGAGAAAGUUGAAUUGUUCAAAUCCUAUUAUUUCGUUUGUUUUCACACUUUCGAAAACGAUCAUGAGUCUGAAGAUUUUUUGGAACCAAUAAAUGUCUACAUUGUUGUUUUCAGAUCUGGCGUUUUAACAUUUCAUUUUAAUCCAAUUUCUCAUUGUGCCAGCGUCAGGAGGCGUGUUCGUCAAUUACGUGAUUAUGUGAAUGUUAGUUCUGAUUGGAUUUGUUAUGCGCUUAUUGAUGAUAUCACCGAUAGUUUUGCCCCAGUCAUUCAAUCUCUUGAAUACGAGGCAGACUCCAUUGAGGAUUCUGUUUUUAUGGCCCGUGAUUUAGAUUUCGCUCGUAUGUUACAGAGAAUUGGUGAGAGUAGACGUAAGACUAUGACACUGAUGAGAUUGCUAAGUGGCAAAGCGGAUGUCAUCAAAAUGUUUGCCAAGAGAUGCCAGGAUGAGGCUAAUGGUAUCGGUCCGGCAUUAACAUCACAAAUUAAUAUUGCAAAUUUGCAAGCAGCAGGAAUCAAUCACUCUAAUAAGGAUACGAUGCUGCAGCAAACUACUCAACCAAGGGGCGAUAUAGCUUUGUAUCUGGGUGAUAUCCAAGAUCAUUUACUCACAAUGUACCAAAAUUUAUUAGCAUACGAGAAAAUCUUUUCGAGAUCUCAUACAAAUUACCUCGCCCAAUUGCAAGUUGAAUCUUUUAAUUCUAACAACAAAGUAACAGAAAUGUUAGGUAAAGUUACAAUGCUGGGAACCAUGCUUGUGCCAUUAAACAUCAUACCAGGUUUAUUUGGUAUGAAUGUGCGCGUUCCAGGUGGUGAUGGUGUUGGAAGCUUUGGUUGGUUCUUCGGUAUUCUGAGUGUAAUGGUUUUAUUGGCUCUUUCUGCUUGGUUCGGUGCAUCAUUUUGGAUCAAGAGAAUUGAUCCACCAACUACUCUCAAUGAGGCUGCAGAAAGUGGAGCAAAGUCUGUAAUUUCAAGCUUUUUGCCCAAAAAUACCAGAAACAACGAGGGUAAGAAGGUACCAGCUGCUUCUAAAUUCAACCCACUACAUCGCCAGUAUCCUGGACUGCCGCCAUCGAAUCAUUCAGUCGCAAGCUUACCAAGUAAGUACAGUCGUUACGAUUGA